CUCCCCCAUCCUGCCGAAUGAUGAUCCGAGUCUUGUUCUUGGGGUACCUCCACCCAUCAUGAUCCCUCCAGAGUCCGACGAGUCCCCCAUGGCCUCCGGCAUGACCCUGGGCCACGACGACAUCAUCCUCCCGGAAGACCUCGACACCCACAGUCGCGCCAGCUCCCGCGACCCCGGCAGCGUGCAAACUGCGGCGGGUGACUCGGCUGCCUUCCACGACACCGGGAAUGACCCCCAGAAUGACAACGACUACGCCAAGGGCGACCCCGACCCCGAUCCCGCACAGAACAGCGACCUGCAGCAGGGCGAAAAACCGGCAUGGAGCGAAAUGAAGACCAAGGCGGGCAAGGAGCGAAAGCGUCUGCCGCUGGCGUGCAUUGCCUGCCGCCGCAAGAAAAUCCGGUGCUCGGGGGAGAAACCUGCCUGCAAGCAUUGCUCGCGCUCUCGCAUCCCGUGUGUCUACAAGGUCACCACCCGCAAGGCUGCCCCCCGGACCGACUACAUGGCGAUGCUGGAUAAACGGCUCAAACGCAUGGAGGACCGGGUCAUCAAGACCAUCCCCAGGGAAGAGACCAGGGAUAUGACGGCGAUUGGCCGGUCGGUCGUGCGUCCGCCCCAGCCGGGGCAGACCACCAAGGCCCAGAGGAAACGCACGGCGGACGAGGCCUUUGCAGCUGAGAUGGACGAGUGGGCCCGCGAGAGCCGCAACGGUCCCCAGGAUACGUUCCCAAUGCGCCGCGAGAGCAAGUCAAACGAUACGGCGGGCCUCAUGACUGCCGGCGCCGAGUUUUUGCCGUCGCUGGAGAUCCAGGAGCACCUGGCUGAGGUCUUCUUCGACUGUGUCUACGGGCAAUCCUAUCUCCUUCUCCACAAACCCAGCUUUAUGCGAAGGCUCAAAGCCAGGACCGUCCCACCGGUGCUGAUUCUGGCUGUCUGCGCCGUCUCCGCUCGAUUCUCAACCCACCCGCAGAUCAAUUCCGAACCCCCUUUCCUGCGAGGAGAGAAUUGGGCCAACCCGGCAGCCGCCAUAGCACUCAGUCGCCACGACGAACCGAACAUCACCAUCCUGACCUCCUUCUUGCUGCUGGGCCUGCAUGAGUUCGGUACGUGUCACGGUGGGCGGAGUUGGUCGUUUGGAGGCCAGGCACUGCGUAUGGCGUAUGCUCUACAGCUGCAUAGAGAACUCGACCACGAUCCUUUACUGAACCAGAGCAAUGGCAAUGGGUCGCAACUUAGUUUCACGGACCGGGAAAUCCGGAGACGAACAAUGUGGGCUUGCUUUUUGAUGGAUCGAUACAACUCGUCUGGGAGCCAGCGUCCGCCCAUCGGGCACGAGAAGUUCCUGCAGAUACAGCUUCCGAUCAAAGAGUCUCAUUUUCAGAUGGAGAUCCCCGGGCCAACGGAAGAUUUGGACGGUGUCGUCCUCAACCCUGUCCCGGAUGAUGUCGGUCAGCUCUCCAAUGCCAAGGAGAACAUGGGGGUGUCGGCCUACAUCAUCCGCGCAGUGGUAAUUUGGGGCCGCAUCGUCGAUUACCUCAAUCUAGGAGGGAAGCGGAGGGAUACACAUCCACUGUGGUCUCCAGAAUCCGGUUAUACGCGGCUCAAGCGACAGAUCGAAGAAUUUACCGCUUCUCUCCCGGGCUAUCUCUUGUUCACAUACGAGAAUCUUCAGAUCCACGCAGCGGACCGGAUAGCAAACCAGUUCCUCUUCCUGCACAUCAUCAUUCACCAGAAUAUGCUCUUCCUGAAUCAAUUCGCUAUCCCACUGUCCCCGGGGGGCCGUCCUCCACGCGACAUGCCCAAGCCGUUCCUGAGCAAUGCUGGACGGGCGGCCGUGGAGGCAGCCCAUCAUAUCUCUGUCCUGAUUGAUCGGGCUUCGGCCUACCCUCUUACGGUCCCAUUCGCCGGGUAUUGCGCGUACUCGGCUAGCACUGUUCACAUUUGGGGAAUCUUCUCCAAGAACCCGCAAUUGGAGGCACGAUCGAAGGAAAACCUCCGACAUACGUACCGUUACCUCAACAAGAUGAAGAAGUACUGGGGGAUGUUCCACUACAUGGUCGAAAGUGCCAAGGAUCGAUAUCGGCAAUUCGCCGACGCCGCCAUCAAGGGCACGGUGGUCACUCAAACCGGUGGCCAGAUCGCCCCCAUGUUCCAGUAUGGUGACUGGUUCGACAAGUACCCCCACGGUAUGUCGAGGUCGCACUGGGAGGAGCCCGAUCCUCAGAAAAAGGCAAAGAACGACGAUGGUGUGAUGAGCCAACGACCCGAUCUUCAGAGCGUCGAGGAAUUCUUUGCCAGCCUUUCUCCUACGCCGCAGCCGAGCGCGCCGCGCAGGCAUUCCAAGAGGAGCAGCAAGGCCGGCAGCGCCAGCGGAUUCGAUGGACCCACGCCUCCGCAGUCGAUGGGAGACAUCAGCAUGGACGGCCAGCCGGGGAUGCUGGGGACCACAGGGACCGGGUUUCCCCAGCCCUCGAUGUUCGGCCAACAUCGGCCUGGCCAGCCAUACACACAACCAGCCUUUGACUUCGCCAUGCCCGCCGCAGACCAACUACCACAGCUAGACCGACAGUUCGUUUACGGGUCCUUUGGUGACUUCGACCCGUCUGCAUCUCUCGUUCCGCCCGAAAACCCACCCAUGCCCCCCGUCAACCGCCACGAAGUACCCCCCAACCAAGAUCCCGCCACCAUCUUCGGCUCGCAGCUGGACCCCAAUGCCCCCUCCGGAGCAGGCGAGUACUACCAACCCAGUGCUUGGUUCCUCCCAUUCAAUCUCGACCCCAUCGGCGCCGGAGCCAGCCUAGACCCGACCUCGCAACCAGGCGCCACCAGCCAACCCGUCGGCCCGGACCUCUCCGGUUUCGGACCCGGGAAUAUACCCAUGGGGGCGUACGACCUCGGCCUAACGGGUGGCAACCGCGGCUCACAAGCGUGAGCCCACACCACUCGCCCGUAGUGGUCCGAGAGAGUACCGCAGUCAUGGGGUUUGAUUUAUUUGACAUAUAGUUCGUUUCUAGCGAGGCAAUCGGAUGGCUGGAUGGGAUGGGUUUUGCAAAAGAUUCGGAGUUUUUUUAUUACAAGAUAUGGUCGAUUGAUUGAUGCGAUGCGAUGCGAUGCGAUGAUCCAUUGUGUGGUUAGUGGUUGGUUGGUUGGUUGGUUGGCUGGCAUGUAUUGUACCUAUAUAUAUCCGAUUAUAUAUUAUUCUUCUCUAUUCUGUGAUGGAUGGAGAGAUAGAUA